CUGCCACGACCGGAAGAGGCGGAUCCCGCCCGCGGGCCGCCUGCUGGAGGUGCUGACUGGGGCACGGGCUGGGGCGCCGUUGGGCCUCCUGCCCCCCGCCCUCCCACCCCCCGGGCCGGGCUCGAUCCUCUGCCGGACGUGGGCGGGUGAGCCGGCGGGGUGAUCCCGAAACCGGGAGCCCUGGGCUGGAACCUCUCGGUCGCGUGGAGCCCCAGCUGCGGCGGCCGCCCCGUCGCCAUGGAUGCCCAGUACGUGCUGUGCCGCUGGAGGAAGCGUUUCUGGCCUGCCAAGGUUCUGGCGAAAAGCCCGCAGGUGACCAAGAGCAGGAAGAGAGGCCCCUUCCUGGACGUGGAGAUUCUCUCCCUGGACAAGAGGGUCCGGGUGAAGGGCAGCCAGGUGGAGCCCCUGAGCACCUCGCAGAUCGAGAACAUCGCUGCCUUGCUGGCACUGGAGAGGGGGCUGCCGUGGAGCGCAGUGCUGGGGACGGAACUCGGCCUGGUUCCCCCCUGCACCCACUGCACCCCAGACUUCAGGAGACUGAAAGGGGAGGGGACGGGGAGAGGGACCUCUGCAGCCCUACCCCACCACCCUCAAAGCUUCCCUCCUGCAGCGUCCCAGCAGGAAGUCCCUGCGGCACCUGUGGAGGAGCUCACCUACCGCCGGGCCCUGCGCGUGGCCCUGGACCUGCUGAGCCUGGAAGCUUCUCCCCACGAGGAGGGGGAGAGGCCCCGCCCACUGCCGCCCCUGCGCUUGCCCCUACCGCCCCCAGUGCUCAGCCCUGGGCUGGAUGAUGGCACCCCGGAGCCACCCGAGCGGGGUCCCGACACCCCUGCGUGUGGGCAGGGUGCUUCCCCGGAGGAGGCUGUGCCCCCCGGGGGGGAGGAGCAGGAGGAGCAGGAGGGACAGUCCUCCAUCGAGUCCGUGGAGCAGAGCCCUGUCCGCUCCCGCCUGGAGGAGGACGAUGAGGAGCCGCCCCGGAUCCUGUGCUACCACGAGCCGCGAUCCUUCGAGGUCGGGAUGCUGGUGUGGCUGAAGUACCAGAAAUUCCCCUAUUGGCCGGCGGUGGUGAAGAGCGUCCGGCGCCGGGACCGGAAGGCCAGUGUGCUUUUCAUCGAGGGGAACAUGGACCCCAAAGGCCGAGGCAUGGCCGUGUCACUGAGGAGGCUGAAGCACUUUGACUGCAAGGAGAAGCAGGCACUGCUGAAAGAAGCCAAGGAGGACUUCGAGCAGGCCAUCGGCUGGUGUGUGUCCCUCAUCACGGACUACCGGGUCCGGCUGGGCUGCGGCUCCUUCUCCGGCUCCUUCCUGGAGUACUACGCGGCCGCCAUCAGCUACCCGGUGCGCAAGUCCAUCGAGCGGGACCUGCAGGGCACCCGCUUCCCGGCGCUGAGCGCAGGGGGCGGCCCCGAGGAGCCGGCGGGGGUCGGUCCCCGGACCCCCCGCCGCAAGGUGCUGCCCGACCGCUCCCGGGCCGCCCGCGACCGCGCCAACCGGCGGCUGGUGGAGUUCAUCGUGCGGCGCGGGGCGGAGGCGCACCUGCGGGCCGUGCUGCGGGGCCGGACGCCGUCUCGCUGGCUGCGGGCCUUCCUGCGGCCCGGCCGCGCCCGCCUGGUGGACACGUACCUGGAGGACGAGGCCCAGCUGGACCUCGUGGCCGCCUACCUGCAGGGCCUGGGCCGCCGGCUCGGGGGGCGGCUGUUGGCGCACGGGUCCGGGGACGGCGUGCGGCUGGUGCUCGAGGUGCUGCUGCCCGAGGCCAUCAUCUGCGCCAUCUCGGCCGUGGACGGCGUGGACUACAAGACGGCGGAGGAGAAGUACAUCCGCGGGCCCUCCCCCGGCUACCGGGAGAAGGAAAGCUUCGACAGCCAGUUGCUGGAGCAGCGCAGCCGCCAGCCGAGCUGAGGGUCCAGGCCCGGCCCCGCCCCGCUGCGGGAGCCCCCCACCCCGCCCCGUGUCUGGGGGUCCUGGCCAGGGGUGCACCUGGCGGGCUGCCCCAGUGCAAGUGUGUUUCUAUGUUAAAAAGCUUUGUAUCUGACAUUAAACUAGAGUUUGGAA